AUGGUUAACUACACUGCAGAGGAAGAUCUAUGGCAGGAUAUUCAGAACAGUACUGCAGAUAACAUUUGCAUGAAAGUCUAUCAGCUGAUCUUGUCUUACACCUACGUAAAGCCUUGCGAUGUCAUUCUUUCGCCGCUAUUCUUUGCUCUUAUCCAUAUGCCCUUUAUCUUUUCAAUUCUGUGGAUUGAGGCAGCACAGGUUGUGAUGCUCAUGGAGAGAGCGAUAGCAAUAUAUCACGUUGGGAAUUAUGAAACUUGUGGGAGAAAGCUUGGCAACUCUCUUUUUCUGCUAUCCGUGCUGAUUCCUCUACUUGAAGGUGCGUGGGCUUACGCCGAUGAGCGUUUUGAUAAUCCGGAAAUCAGCUGCAUCAACACUCCUGUGAGCAGAACGACUCAAGUGAACACUCUCUUCGCCCUCUCGGUUGUGUUUCAUAUGGUCGCACUCAUCACAUUAUCAACGAUGUUCUGCUUUCACAGAAAAAGUUCCAGCUCGGCACAGACGCUUUCGAGUAGAUUCCAGUCUUCCGAAAAUCUUACGUCGUCACGGCUUCUUAUAACACUCUCUGCAAUACAACUUGUCGUAUUCUUUUCGUAUGGAGGUUCUAUAAUGUAUCUGAGGAUGACCUUCAAUUCUAACACCGAUCUUCCCAUAUAUAGAUCAAAUAUUCUUGCUGCUUAUUUAGUGCCGGUGUACACAUUUCUUCUACCACUGAUGACCACUAUAUUUUUGCGGAGUAUGAAGCAGACUAGAAAAUCUGAGAUAAGAUCAAUGAUUGAGAUCAAGGCGUCAGGCGCCGAAGGUUGGGCCAAUUACUCGAGGCAGCUAGAGCGACAGUGGAACAGCUAA